GCGCCAAGUCGUUGAUCACGACGCUCUAGCCUACCUCUAUUUCCGUGUUUUUAUUUUGGGUUUAUUGAUGCGGUGAUCGUGGUAUUGUCAUUUCAUACUCCCAGAAAUGGCAACAAAAGACAAAAUCAAAAAGAAGAAAGGGAAUCCACCUGUUGCUAAAGCUUCAGAUAAAAGUGAAGAUCAGGAUGACAAAUCAGAAACAGGAUCAGUUGGAAAACGGACACUCAUUGAAGUUGCUGAAAAGCCUGUCAAUGAUGAGGAAGGUCAGAAAGUUGAAGAAAGUCCCGAGAAUGUAGCGGAGGAGAACAAGAAGGAUUCUGGCAGAGAAAAGGUUCGAUCUGAGACUCCCAGUCCCCCUCCUUUUGAGGAAAAGUCUUCUAACAAAACACUUGAUUCUGUGGCUUCCCCCAAGUAUGGCAAAAGACGUAGAAGUCCCGUACCUUUCACGCAGAACAAAGUGGAACCGAUUGCUUCAGGAUCCAAAGACAUGUCAAACCCCGGCAGUCUUGUGUCCCUUCAGUCUGCAGCCUCUGUGAAAGAGGCAUGGACUGACAAUGAAGAGGAUAAAAAAAGACCAGGUUCAUCUUCAAGCAGAAGGUCUCUUUUGUCGAACAAGGUGGAUAAGAAAUCUCAAUCAAGAAAGCCAUCAUCAACAGAUGUUACGAGCAUUCGACCAACAACUGCUGAACAGAAUGCGUACAUUCCAUACCUCUACGCUAGAAAUUGCAUUGUGCAAAUCACGGAUGACAUGAAGGCCAUGAAGCAUAACCACAUCCGUAUUGUGCAUGACAUUGAGGCUCAUUACAGAUCUCUCGAGGGAGAGUCACAAACACAGUUUAUGGCCUUCGUUGUACAGUACAGAGAGAAGUUUUCAGGGAAGAUGAACACCUUCAGGAAUACUCUUGAGCAGUUUAGGCAAGAAACGCAAGCAAAAGAGUUGAAAUGGAAUGAGGAAGUGGCGAGCUUGAAUGAAAAGAACACCAAACUUCUGCAGGAGAAGAAUGAGGCUUUAUUCAUGUCAAAGGAGGAAGUUGAAAAGAUUGAUGCAGAGAAGGUAGCCUUAGCUGCUCAGGUGACUGCUCUGGCUGGAGGUGUGGGUGCUGCUGAAUAUGCAAAGCUGCAAACAGAGAAUAAGGAACUGAGAGAGGAAAUUUCCAAGCUGCAAGCAAGCCCUGGCUCAAAAGAAAGCACAGUGCAUGUUGAGACUGAGAAAGCAGUGCCGGUUCUAGGUGCUGUGCCAGUGCCAGUUGGUGGGAGAAGCAGUGAAGAAGAUGAUGAGGCCAGGAGACAAUGGACAGAGCAAAUCCUUCGCCUGCAAGAAGAUGUCACAGAGUUGAAACUGGAAAAUGCAAAGCUUGCAGCAAUAAAUGAAUCCCUGCAGCAACAAGUUCAACAGUCUUCACAACUGACUGAAAGAUAUGCUGCCUUGGAAAAUCAGUACAAAGCACUUGCUUUGGUGGCUCUGGAAGCGCCUGAUUCAAAGAUGAAAGAACAGCUGUCGAAGACGUCUGAGGACGAGAACAUGAUGAAGGAAGAGCAGCAGAGACUUCAGUCGGAAAUUUCAGCAUGGGAAGCAAAGUUUGAAAAGAAAAAUGGCAGGGAGCCCACAGAAGAUGACAAGCCGGACUCGGUGAAAGAGUUGUACAUUCAACAUCAGGAGGCUUCAACUAUGGUCACAUCGCUAGAACAGCAAAAAGAAACCCUGACAAAACUGAACUCUGGCGUCGUUCCCCCUGCUCCGGAGAGUGUAACAACAGGCGCAGAAGUGGCUCAGCCAGAGGUCAUGACUGUGGAGGUGAAGGUUCCUGACCCAGAAGUGGUGACGGCUCUCGAGGCCAGUCAGCAGGAAGUCAGUGAUCUCAGAAGUCAGCUGGCAGAGUUGUCUGCUCUUGGUGGCGCGGCGGCUGUGGGUGCUGCAGCUUCAGACGAUGUUGUAGAUAAAUCUGAAAUGGAUGCAGCAAAUGCUGCUCUCCUGCAAGAGAGAGCAGCUCAUGAUAAUACAAAAGCAGAAUUGGAAAAUGUUCAGAAACAACUGGAUACCUUGAAUGAGACACUUAUAACAGAGAAAGCGCAAGUUGAAGCAAAGAUGGAAGAGUACAAACGUAUACUGGAAGCCAAAGUUGCUGCCAGAGAAGAGGAAAUCUCCAGCCUGAAACAGAGGAAAGAGGAACUGGAGGAGGAGAGGCUGAAGGAUGUUCCUCUAGACACUGCGAAAGAAAUAAAGAAUCUCCAGAAUAAGAUUUCUGUGCUGGAGAAUGAGAAGUCUUCUGUCAGCGUGGCUCAGGCAGGUGUCCAGGCCCAGCUGUCUGAACUGACCGCCAAGCUGCGGGUCAGUGAGGAAGCUCUCGAUGCACAGAAGGCGAAGCAGUCACAGCUGGAGGAGCGUCUUAAAGUUGCAAGGAAGGAGAAGGAUGAGGCUGUACGAGACCUGACAAAAUUACUGAGCCGAAAGGAACCUGGUCGAGUUACACGGCAAAAGUCUCAGGUUGGUGAAGGUCCUCAAGGCAGGGGAGACGUUGCUGGCCUGAAGAGAGAAAACCAAGAGCUCAACGCCAAGAUUCGGCAGCUGGAGAGAGAGGCCAUUGUUGGAGGUGCAGCUAUUGUUGGGGGAUCAGCAUCUGAUAAAAAUGUACAGAAGAGGCAUGAAAAGAUCUUGAAAGAACUGGAGAAACGAUAUGAUAUGGAACGUGCUAAGAACAGCAAACUGAAUGAGAAUCUCAAGAUAAAAGAAGAUGAGGCUUCAUCUUUGCAGAAGGACUUGAACAAGGCAGAUGUUCAGGUUGCUAAGCUCAGUGCUGAGUUGGCUGCUUUGGGCAUAGCAGCCAAAGAAGGAGUUCAGGCUGCUGGCAAAGUGAAGGCUUUGGAGUCAGAAAACAAGAAGUUAUUAGAUGAGAACAAAACACUGACAGAGAAUUUCAACAGUGAAAGAGUCCUGCGUAAGAAAUACUACAACAUGGUUGAGGAUAUGAAGGGAAAAAUCCGAGUGUACUGCAGAGCUCGACCUUUGAGCUCUACUGAAAGUGGCAGGGGUAACGUCUCUGUUUUAAAAUCGGCGGAUGAGUACACACUAUCAGUGGCCUCCCAGAGAGGGCUGAAGGAGUUCCAGUAUGAUCAUGUGUUUAUGGAGGACAGUUCUCAAGAGUCCGUGUUUGAGGACACUAAUAACUUAAUUCAGUCUGCUGUGGAUGGAUACAAUGUCUGUAUCUUUGCCUACGGUCAGACAGGCUCUGGCAAGACUUUCACUAUGAUCGGAGACAGCUCUAAGAAGUUCCCUGGAAUUGCUCCAAGGGCUUUUGAAAGAAUUUUUGAACUGGCAGAAGAAAACAAGUCAAAGUUCAGCAUGAGUGUCACAGUUUACAUGAUGGAGCUCUACAACGACAAGCUGAUUGAUCUAUUUGCAAAAGCAGGGACCUCUGAUGAUGAGAGAAUGGAAAUUAAGAAGGACAAAAAAGGGCUCGUGUUUGUUCAUGGAGCUAUAGUGAAGCCAGCCUCAGAUGCUAAAGAGCUGAAUACACUGUUUGAACAAGGAUCUGUGAACAGGCACACUGCUUCAACAAAAAUGAAUGCUGAAAGUUCCAGAUCACAUCUGAUUCUCAGUAUAGUCUUGGAGUCCACCAACAAGACAACUGGCACUGUGAUGAAAGGAAAACUCAGCUUAGUGGAUCUGGCAGGCAGCGAGCGAGUGGGCAAGACAGGAGCAACAGCAGAGCAGUUGAAGGAAGCGAUGUCUAUCAACAAAUCGCUGUCAGCUCUGGGUGACGUCAUCUCUGCUUUGUCCAGUGAACAGUCCUUCAUCCCAUACAGGAACAACAAACUCACCAUGUUGAUGCAAGAUUCCUUGGGAGGAAAUGCAAAGACUCUCAUGUUUGUCAACAUCUCCCCAGCUGACUACAAUGUGGAUGAGACUGUCAUCUCUUUGACAUAUGCGUCUAGAGUCAAACUGAUCACAAAUGAUGCUUCAAAGAACGCUGAUAACAAAGAGAUUGCUCGCCUCAAGGCUGUUAUUUCCAAGCUGAAGAGAGGAGAAGCUGUGGCCGGAGAAGAGGAAGAGGAAGAAGCUUAGGCAGUGAACACUUUUCUGUCACUUUGUUGGAUCCAGAAAAAAAAAAGACUUGUUAAAACUGUUUAAUCCUUAACUCCUUCCUUUAUCUACAUGAUGUUUACUCCUUUGCCCUUUUGGUUAUCAGCAUACUUUACCAAAUAACUUAGCUGAUGGGCAGUGUGCUCUUUGCAAUAUUGGAUUUGUUAUUGUUCUUUUACUGUAACAAAUAAUGAUUUGUUGUUAAGUGAACAAUUUUAAUUUUAUUUCCGAAAAAUCAUUGAUGCUUGGCUUUAAGUUUUCAAAACUUCAUACGCUUUGUUCAUCAUGGAGGUGGUUGGAGGGUGUCACUGCUAGGCUCUACUUCAUAAUCACUACUUUGAUCUCCCACCAUUGGUUCCCCCCUCCUCCCUAUCAGUCUUGCUUUUUUCUAAAACUAAAUGAUUAUUACUGUGUUGAUGUUCCUCUUUUUACACAAGUUAACUUCACAACUUGUUCACAAGGGGCCCAUGGUGUGUGUGUGGUGUAGCAGUUUGGCUGUCCAUUGUUAUACAAAGCACAAAAAAGACAUGAUUUCAUUCCUUGAGUGGGGAAGUUUUUUAGUGAGUAUCUCUCUUUUUGCUUGAAUGUUGCAUCCCACUCAGCCAGGCUGGAUCAAAACAGCCCAUCUCCUAAGUGAUCUAAAUUGUGUCGGGGGGGGGGGGGGGGGGGUAA